CUGUAAAUCAGGAAGCGAUGAUAAAGCCAAAAUAAGUCAGCCGCGUAAACGUUGCAACAGGAAGCGUUCGGGCCGCUGAAAACAAACACUGUCUGAUCGAUUACAAAAUUUUGCUCGCUAAAGAGAGAGAACUGGCAAUUUAUAUAAAUGUAACGUUAAGGAGAAGAAAGGGAAAAGAAGAAAAGGAGAAUAUUAUCGACGAAACAGUCAUGAAGUCUUCUUUAAUCCUGGGAGUCGUUUUGCUGCUGACGAUAGUGCAUAUCGCUCAAGCACGCAAGGCAGGAUGCAUUACUUGCGGAGGAAGCUUAGGCUCAGGCACUAACCCGUGUAAGUGCGGAGACGUAGUGGUGAAAGCAGCGAAGGUGCAGAAACCGUUACACUACGCGACUCCGGAGGCAAUCAACGAAGCAGCGACUGCACGCGAAGUGGCCCAAUUAAUGUCAUCAAGAACAUUUCCCGGGAACGUGGCGUCCUUUCCUCAAUAUAGUCAGACUAAUGGAUUAUACGGUGUUAGCAGUGACAUUAGUCACAGUAGCAGCAGCAGUAGUCACAGCAGCUCUGCAAGUUCCUCGUCUUCCGUCGAUCUUUUUGGAGGAUCAGUCAGAGGAGACUUCAAUAGUUUCUAUCCUUUUUCACAAGGACAUACGCACAAUUCCGGCUGUGGAUGCAGGAGUAAAUCUAAGGUGUCUCUAAGCGACUCCCUAUUGCCUAAUACUCCGGAAAAUGUUGUGCCCAGAUUCCCGCCGAUCGGCGACCUGUGUGACCCGACCAAACAGGUCAGUUACGAAGUGUCCACUAAAGUAACUCCGGCGUAUCCUAAGUUGAAUUUAUACCGUACCUCCUCCACGCCUUUAUGCGUGAAUGUGGUCAAUGGGAAAAUCGACAAAACCGAAUUGGAAAAACUCGCCUCGGCGACCUCAUCCAGCGGCAUCGGCGGACUCGGGGUGUUCGAUAGAUUCAACGAUGGAUCCAUUAGCCGAUAUUCAUCCGGUGGUGUGGGUAUAUCUGGUAGCCUUGGUGGAUACUCUUCCAACGAAGUGAGCAACUCACUUGGAUACUUGAAUUUCGGAUGGGGCGCUUCCGAUAAGCAUUACUCACAGAAUUUAGGAUCAGACGCGAACAUUCUUGGAGAACGGUAUAAUACGUUUGAUAACUGGUACAGACCCAGUUCAAUUGGAACGGGCUUCUCGGGGCAAUUGGGACAGAUCGGUAGCAUCGCACAAUCGUACACGGGUUCUAACGUAGGUAGUACAAACGUGAACUUCGGAGCGAGCAGUUUCGGUGGACUCGAAACAGGAUAUGGAAGCGUUCAAGGAUCGAUCGAACGCAACAAAUGCACCGACUUCGGUGACGACCUCGAGCUUCCCGAAGACUACUCGUAUCCUCGACAACCAGCGGACGCGGUCUCGCUCACUCUGGCGUACAAGAAUCUCUUCCCGCAUACCGCAGUGUAUAACAAAAAGUGGUUUGUGCCAGAAGAUAAACUGGCAUUCGGGCACAGAACAGUGCCGGUCGAAUGGAGGCCCAACAAGAAGCCGUCGGACAUACCCGAGGAGAGACUUCAGAUUCUCGAUAAGCCCAUCGUGGAGCUAAAACCAAUGGCGCCGAUUUCAGUGAGUGUUGGCGUUUACGACGAGCAGGAAGAAGCCAAGUUGGCAGAACUCGAGGCCAUCGAGCGCGAGAGAAUAAAUCAGGAAGAGAAUGCCAGACAGCCGCAAGGAAGCUUCAUCACGUACGGAGAUCUUGGAUACGCGCCAGUCGACGGACUUAUAGUACCGGGAAAGUUAAUGAGGCCCGGAGUAUCAUACAUGGAUUCCGGGGUCGGUUUGAUCGACGCCGAAAAUACCAUCGGCGAAAGCUGCGGCCCUUUAGGACCUCCGGUUCCCGGCUACGUGCCCGGCAGCAUUGUGGUCAAUCGAGAAGUCAUAGAAAUCGAAGGCGAAAACGAAGAUAACAACCGGAGAAACGAGAGAAUCUACUUUCGCCAUUACCUAGACGACGUGAGCGACGAGGAAGACGACGCGACAUCCGGAAUAUUCGCAAAACUGAGAAGCACUGCGCAGAAAUACGGACCGGUUACGUGUCCGCGAUGAUUUCUUUUUUUCUAGAAAAUAACGAAGAUGUCUUUCAUGCACUUGAAGACUCAUGAUCAUUUUCACUUGUCGUUUUUUGAAACACUUAGACACGGACAAUCCUCAGCGUUAUACUAGUCCCAGUCUUGUGUCUUUGUGUGUGCACAUUAUACCAUAGAAAAUCGAUAAUAUAGUAAUUAUACGAAAAGCAAA